UUUUUAGUUUUUAGACCAGCUCUAGGGAGCGGGCUGACGCUAACUGUGGAACUUACCACCACCUAUCAAAGAAGCGCUGGAGACGGGAGUGGGAGGGCUGCAUCCUUAUAGCAGACCGAAAAGACGCUUCUUCUCGCGCCGCAGUUGUCACUGCAAACGGAUGCACGCGAGUGCCCUUCUCCAAUACAAUAAUUCAGUCACGGAAGAGUCAGGACUAAGCAGGUCUUAUUUCAGCGUAAGGUCUUUGUGUUGUCUUCCCGUGGGCAGAUGGAAGUGCAACUGUGAUAUUACAAAGACAAGAUGCUGCUCCGCAUAUGCAAUAAAUUCACGAAGAUUCAAUAAUUCGCCUGAAGAACGUGCCACGCAAUCACGAGUCCAGGCUGAGCGUGGAAGUCCGGAGAGCAACGAAGUCUUGUAAAACCCCGUCAUGCCAGGCGAAGAAGAUAGCGAUGCUCCCAUGCCCUCCCAGAGAGCCACAGAUGAAAGGAAAGUUUCGCCGGUCAGUGGUGAAGAUAACCUAUCAAACAGUAGUCCGUAUGUUGGAGAUGGGGUGGGCACAAAUCGAUACUUCAUAACGAGCUCAUCCCAGCAAAUGCAGGACAGUUCGAACCUGUGUUCCUUUCUCCCGUACGCAAACCAACCCGGCCCUGUCUGUGCCGGGACAGAUGGAUCGAGGUACCCAACAUCGAUUCACUAUGGUUCGGUCCUCCCGUCUACGGGAUUCUCCUCCUCUGUCUGUGCAGGACGCAGUCAGUUUGGUUCGGGUUAUCAAUUUGGGCACGGUUCUGGAAACAUAUAUCCUUCAUAUCAAGGAACAGGGUCCGGGAUCGCUUCCAUGGGACUUCCUGCAGGGACAGGUGGGAGGGCUCAGGUCUACCUUUGCAAUCGACCCUUAUGGCUCAAAUUUCAUCGCCAUCAGACAGAAAUGAUCAUCACCAAGCAAGGGCGGCGGAUGUUUCCGUUCCUUAGUUUUAAUAUUACCGGACUCAACCUUUCCACGCAUUAUAAUGUUUUUGUGGAGAUCGUUCUCGCCGAUCCAAACCACUGGAGAUUUCAGGGCGGGAAAUGGGUUACAUGUGGGAAAGCAGACAAUAAUAUGCAAGGAAACAAAAUUUAUGUCCACCCCGAAUCUCCAAACACGGGAGCGCACUGGAUGAGACAAGAGAUUUCCUUUGGGAAACUGAAACUGACAAACAACAAGGGUGCAAACAACAGUAAUGCGCAGAUGAUCGUGCUCCAGUCUCUACACAAGUACCAACCGAGGCUUCAUAUCGUGGAGGUGCCCGAGGAUGGUCUCGAUGACGUUAGGCGGGAGGCUAAGACCCAGAUCUUCGUAUUUCCGGAGAGCCAGUUCAUCGCUGUCACUGCAUACCAAAACACUGACAUCACGCAGCUGAAGAUUGACCACAAUCCAUUUGCAAAGGGUUUUAGGGACAAUUAUGAUUCGAUGUAUACAGCUCCAGAGGGAGAUCGGUUGACGCCGUCCCCCACUGAGUCGCCGCGCUCCCACCAACUCGUGCCCAGUGGCCGCUACACCAUGCAGCCCUUCCUGCAGGACCAGUUCGUCAACAGCCUGCCCCACAGCCGCUUCUACAACAGCGAGCGCGCUGUCCCACAGGCCAAUGGCAUCCUUUCCCCGCAGGUGGAGGACACAGGCGCCCCCCAGAGGUGGCUGGUGACCCCUGUUCAGCAGGGGAGUGGUGGUAAGCUGGACCUGGCGGGGUAUGAGGGGGAUUACUCCACCAGUUUGCUGCCCUACACACUAAAGUCCCUACCCCUGCAGACCUCGCAUUCACUGAGCUACUACUCCGACUCCGCCUUCACGUCGGUGGCCGCAGGGUGGGGGUCCAGGGGCGCUUACCAGAAGAAAAUGGCCAGCGCCCUGCCCUGGUCCCCAAGGCCAGGUCACACUGACUUCCCUGAUAGUCAAAUGCCUGACAAGGACAAACCAAGAGAGGAGGAGGCAUUUGCCCCAGGCCCAGCGUGGGUGGAGACAAUGCCGUUCUUGAAACCGCUGGACUCUGAGCCGAGUGUUUAUUCUGUAGUCUGUAAGAGGAGGCGGGUGUCGCAUGGCGGGUCCAGCACAGAGAACUCGCCCACAAUCAAGUGUGAGGAUUCACGCCCACUUACCUUUAGAAAAGAGACCUCAUCCAGUUCAAAGAACAUUGGCUAUUGCCCCUUUUAUGCUGCCACCUAGAGGCAUUUCUGAGAGUUUCACACCAGCUGAGUGGCUCUGAGGAUAUCACUGAACUGUGAGACAGAGAAGCCAAAUGUUUUUAGUGUAUUGUGAGUUGACAAAAUUAUAUUCUUUAGUUUGACCAAUGAUUUUAUACAUGAUGUAUUAAAGUGCACAACUUUUAAAUUGAUCAUUUUCCCCAUUUAAUUCACUUCUUAUUUAUUACUCAAAAAGUUUGUGUGCACGGUCCGUCAGAUGUCUGUUCAAAAUACACUUUCCUUAAGAUCCAUAGCAUUAAGGUAAUUAAAAGUUAAACAACACUCCUAUCUUAUGGUGCCACAGAACAUUGGGGGAUGUAACCCAGAUAGUCUGUUUUGAUUAGUUUGCAUUGCUUAAACCAAUAAUAAAAGUCUGCCACACAUUGGAA